ACCCCCAACCCAAGCGACGAACCCUGCAUCCCACGCGCACCGACACUACCGCGGUUUAUUUUCGUUUGCAGCGAGCACGAUUUUGUUGUAUUCAUUCCGCCAGCGCGCUUAGUUGUCGUCGAGGAAUCUAUCUGGCCGCACACACACACCAGACCCGGCCCCGGGAAUAGAGACCUUUGUUUGUUGUUUUCGUUCGUUCGUUCGUUCGAUCCCUCCCACCGGGUGCAUAAAAUGGCCCUAAACAUUAACGACGGUGCACUGUCGCCUACCGUCGAACAGGGUGCCGCCGGGCUGCCCGAGGUAAUACCGAACGUGAAUGUGUACCAGCAGAAGAAAACGCUAGCCCAGGGCAUGAUGGAUCUGGCGCUGCUGUCCGCCAAUGCGAACCAGCUCCGGUACGUGCUGGAAACGUACGAGCGUCAUCCGUACUACAUCUUCAGCCUAAUCUUUAUCUCCGUCAGCCUGCUGGUGCAGGUAGCGGUCGGCGUCGGCCUGAUCAUGAACAGCCGGUACGACGUGAACGAUCGGAAGGAGAUAUGCAAGGCAAACAAGAUCAACGACCUCAUCACGAUCGGCAUCUUUGUCAUUACGCUGGUCAAUGUGAUGAUUUCCGCGUUUGGGGUGGCGCCGCGUAAAGCGUGAGUGUUGAAGUUGCGAGUGUGAGUGUCCGAAACUGGCUAGAGUGCAAAUUGAAAUGACGUCGUACCGAAAAAGUGCAAAAGCGUAAAAUGCGCCAAAAUGUGUGAAAGGUGGAACAAAUAAGAGAGAGAGAGAGAGAGAGAGAGAGAGAGAGAGAGAGAAAGAGAGAGAGUGAAAAUUCGUCAAGCGCCCACAUCGAAUGCGUGUGUAAAUUACACUUUACGAUGCACCUGCUACCGUAGCGUUAGUCAUCAAUCAUUGCAUGGGGAAAACCCUACACAUCGCAGUGAAGCUUGGUGUUGUUGAACAGGUUUCCAAGAAUAUUUAAAAAUGCAACACAACAUGAAAACGACAUACCUCGUAAAGAACACCCCGGCACAACAGAAACUUCCUCUACAGAAUGCCCCCAAAGCUAUGCAACGCUAAUCUUAUGUAAAUUAUUUUCCUCCCCGCAAACACGAACAGUGCUUCUACAGCAGCAGGGCAGUUAUUAGCUUGCCUUGGGUUGCAAAAAUGGAAAGACAAAUUUGCCAAAACUCGACGACUUAGAAGUAGAUAAGAAGAGCAAGCGCCCGGGGUAAUAAAUGAUAUUAUGCGGUUAAGCAACGACCCUUAUCUCCCUCAUAGUGCGAAGAAAUAUGACCUUGUACAGUGUUUGGUAGAACUUUGUUUUACAAAUAAAAUAACAAUA